AUGCGAAUAACAGUAGAUAUGAUAAACGAGGCAUAUCAAUCAAAAAACCCAGUUAAUGAAAACACUAUAUCUUUAAGAGGAUACAAAAUAAGUGUAAUUGAAAAUUUAGGAGUAACUAAAGAUUAUUUUGAAUGUAUUGAUUUGAGUGAUAAUGAAAUAAUUAAAUUAAAUAAUAUUCCAUGUCUGCAAAGGUUGAAAACAUUAAUAUUAUGCAACAAUAAAAUAGCUAGAAUUGAUAGUGAUAUAUUUGAAAAUAUACCUAAUUUAAAUUCGUUAAUUUUAACCAACAAUAAGAUAGAAAAAUUAACUGAUCUUAACUCACUUUUUAAAGCCAAAAAUUUAACGAGACUUAGCUUACUAGAAAAUUCUGUAUCAAAAUUAGAAAACUACCGAGAGUAUUUAAUUUAUAAUUUACCAUCUUUGAAAUACUUAGAUUUUAAAAAAAUAAAAAUGAAGGAUCGAGAAGCAGCAACAGAAGUAAUGAAAAAUUUCAAUCCACAUAGAAAAGAAAAUAUUCAACCGAGUUAA